CCCCGGGGACCUGAGGCGCGACAAACAGCGCACUUGGAUCGCGCCAGAGGAGCUCCAGCCUCAAGCCGGCAGCGCCUGGUUCCUGAGGAAGAAAGCAAGGCCGCGCGACCGCUUAGGCUGAGCCGGAACCAACCGGUUGCUCGGCGCUGCCUCCCGCAGCCCUCGGCGCACAGCCCUCUUUAUAGCCUGGAAAAAAUGACAGAUCUCGUAGCAGUCUGGGAGGUUGCUUUAAGUGAUGGAGUCCACAAGAUUGAAUUCGAACAUGGAACUACAUCUGGCAAACGGGUGGUGUAUGUAGAUGGGAAGGAAGAGAUAAGAAAAGAAUGGAUGUUCAAAUUAGUGGGCAAAGAAACCUUCUGUGUUGGAGCUGCCAAGACAAAAGCAACCAUAAAUAUAGAUGCUAUCAGUGGUUUUGCUUAUGAAUAUACUCUGGAAAUUAAUGGGAAAAGUCUCAAGAAGUACAUGGAGAACAGAUCAAAAACUACCAAUACAUGGGUAUUGCACUUGGAUGGUGAGGACUUGAGAGUUGUUUUAGAAAAAGACACCAUGGAUGUGUGGUGCAAUGGUAAAAAGAUGGAGACGGCGGGUGAGUUUGUAGAUGACGGGACUGAAACACACUUCAGCGUCGGGAGCCAUAGCUGCUACAUAAAGGCUGUCAGUAGCGGGAAGCGGAAAGAAGGGAUUAUUCACACGCUGAUCGUGGAUAACAGAGAAAUCCCAGAGAUGCUUGAAUGACUUCGUAUUAAUGAAUUUUUAUUUUAAGACAUAAUGAUCAGGACUUUUUAAUUACUGUGGUAAUUAAAUGUGUUCAAUAUGUACUUAUCAGUACAUUUAGUCUGCAAUGUUUAUAUUUUUUAGUUACUUGAAACCAUAAUAGUUCAAGAGUCAGGAAAAAAACUAAUUAUGUGCAGUCAUAAAAAUUACAAUUUUUUUUUUGUAAAUAAUGCAAACUGUUUUAAAACUGAAUAGAAGAUAAGAUAUGGACCAAAAUCACCAAUGUUUUACAAUAGUCACUGUAUUACAAUAAACACU